UAUAAUCAGCAAUGGAAACAAAGUUCUCACGCCAGAAUGAGGUCGACGAAGAAAUGGACAUCAUCCAUGAAGAGAGUAGCGAUGAGGACAACUCUUCUAAAGAAGGUAGCAAAGGAGAUAACACAGAGAGUCUUCCACUGAGAGCAGGUCGAGUUGGCCAGAGGUACAAGAGGAAGGAAGCCACGUACGAAACAGGAGAGAUUUCUGAUAUUAAGAGCAAAGAUAAUUCUACCAAGAUUAUUGAUAGUGUCAAAAGAGAAAGAAGCCGCAAGAAUUUACAGAGCGAAGGCAGAAGCAAGCAGAAUUCUGACUUUACUGAAGAGGAAAAGCUUCAAAGCAAAGAGCAUAGAAACUUAUUCAAUGAUUUUAGAGAGAGUUUUGAUAAAAUUAGAGAUCAACGCUCAAAUAGCUGCAAGUCGGCUGCUGAUUCUUUACAAUUUUCUAAUAAUAGAUUCUUUAGAAAGAAGGUUACCUCAAGCCCAUUUAAGCCACUUCCUAAGCAUUCUUAUAAAAUUAGCUCAUCUACCUCAAAACGUAAAACACAUGUAUCUUCUUUUGUGGGGGUAGCUAAUGGAAAAGCUUCUGAACCAAGUUUAAUAGAUUUUCGAAAGCAAUUUGAGACCCAUAGCAAAUGCCUUUCUGAAGUUUCUCGUAGGUUAAGCAGAAGAAGGAGUGAGACCAGGAUGUCUGUGCCAAUCAACAGAUGCGCUUCAAAUAGCUCCCUUUCAUCAGAAUAUUCUGGGAGGAUUGGGAAUACCUCAACUACUACCUUCCCCAGUGACAUUACUUGGGAGUUUAGGUCAUGCAAGCUCCAGCCGUUAGACCCUCGCUACAAAUCCCGCUUAAUCGAUGCUGAGUUCCCCUUCAUGGCCAAUAAGAGAGGAAACAGAAUGAAGAUCAUGAGACAAUACAGCAGAGUUGGGGAGACUCUUCCUGAACUAAUUGAGUGAGAGGAGAAAUUGGAAGAGGAAUUUGAUCUCUUCUCCAGCCGUCACAGAAGAAUCAACAUCAUGAAAGAUCUCAACGAAUUCGGACGUAAAGGCAAAAGACACAGAUCCCUAGAUGGAGGCCGUAAGAGCGAGGAUGUAAACCCUCAGUGGCACUACGAUGUCUCAGAGACCGAGGAAGAGGACUCAAUGAGUGAUGCUGGCUUAGAAGUAGAGAAAAGUAAAUCCUUUUCAAAAAUUUCCAGGAUUUUUAAUAAAAUCUAUGCAGACCAUUUUGAAAGACCAAUCAGAAUGAAACAGAUUAAGGAAAGAAAUUCUAGAAGCAUUAACAUGCUCGGAGACAUUCCCAUUAACGAAGACUCACACGAUAGUAGUGAGGAAUCUAAGGAAGACAAUCCUAGUGAAAAUUCUUCUAGUAACUUCUCUUUCAAAAGAAGAUACGUCUAUACCCUCUUUGAUAAGGUUGAGCAACCAGAUAGCAAGACUGUCUCCGCCAGUCAGAAAUAUUAUGAGAUCAUCAAAGAUCCUAUCCUAGAAGGAGAGGAAGAAAAUGACUGUGCUGAAAAUACUAGCCUAAUCAAAUCAGAGACUUAUGCAAAGUUUAAAUCCAGACACAAUAGAUGGAAGUUCUUUGAUAAGGUUCACGAUGCCAAAGAGCUAGGCCCAACUAGGAGAAAGAGCUUUAUGAAAACAACCUCUUCUUUUGACAACGAACCCAUCUUGGAAGAUAAAAAUGAAGAAAAUGAUGAAGAGGCUGACCAACUGGAUCCCUACUAUCAUCACUUUAAGAGAAGUUUGAAGUUUGAUGAAACAAAAUCUGCCCAGAAGGAAGCAUCUAAUUUACUCUAGUUACGAAUGCUAGCUCCUCCAAAUGUAGAGUUGGCCCUACAAUUGGGACCCUCUGCCUUGGUUCAUAAUAUACUAGUGAGGUUAUAAUAUGACCAAUAUUAUUGCUGUUGGUCUAAUUAUUCAAUGCUGA